CGACUGACUCACUGAUCAUCCAAGCCAAUCCAAUCAGUCCACCACUUCCCACCCAAAAACAGACCAUCGGUCAGUGGUCACCGAAACAAGAACAAUGUACACAGGUAACCAAGAAAAAGCGCUGUGAGAAGUCCUCUAAUUCAAAUAAAGUGACUUGAUUCCACCAAACAGAUUGACAAUACUGAGAACAAACACUAAGAUGCCAGGGAAACUGAAGCUAGUUGCUCUCCUCUUGCUCAUUCAAGCAUGUGUGUCCAUAGUGGCCCAGAUGCCAGCCCCAGGGGACUCUGACUCUGAGGGGGUUCUGCAGAGGGCAACAGAGGCAUACAGGGCAGCCAAAGUUAAAGCCCAGAGAAUAAGAGAGGCGGUGCAGGCCUUUGCUGGUGCGUACUACGAGGACCACAUCAAACCAGUGGCUGAUCCCUACAUGGACUGGGCCUCAGCCUCCACCAGUUCCUUCUGGGACAGAGUCAAGGAGAAGAUCGACCAGUACAGACCCAUCUAAUGGCAACUGAAUCUAAGGCAGACGAACACCCACCCAGCUCACUGCCAGCACAUAUACUCAUGCAAGGUGAUACUAGGACUGAUUCUAUGUUCAUAUGCACUAGGGAUUACAACUAGGACAUUUGUGUUACAAUGUUUCAGAAGAGCGUUUCAACACGGUUGUAUAAUUUGGCCGGUGAACGAGGACACCCGUUUACUAGUGUUUCAUCAACCACAGCACAAGGGUUGUGAUAGUUUUAAAACUGCCAUAGAGUGUAUUAGUAAUCAAACCGUUAUGGCUCACAUAUUGCAUCUAAGUGAGUCAAUUAACUAUUGUGAACCACCAAAUGAAUGAACACUAAAUAAAAUAAAUUGUACAAUUAUA